UGGCCCCGGCGCUGUCGCAGUGACCGGCGGGCGGUGCUGCCGUGAGGGGGCACCGGGCGGCGACAGCGGCCCCGCGGGUCCCCUCCGAGGUGGAAAGCAGAGGCAUCCAAGUAGCUCGGCGCAGUUAGGCAUUCCCCUCCCGUGCGCCUGGGUGGCGAGGGAGAGAGCGCAGCUGUCCCCCCGGAGAGCCCAGCUUCUUCCCUUUCCUAACUGAGCGCUGGCAGCAGCGAGAGAGGGGCUCUCGCUGUUUGGGAUGAGCGGGCAGGACUGAGAAGAUUUUUUUUUUUGCUCACUGUGGGAGCCGGAGAGGCUUGGAUUUGUCAGAGGGAAAUGCUGCAGCAUGAACCCACCGCCUAGAGAGACGGGCUCGCACCUCGCCGGCGCCGCUGCCUGAGCCAGCCCCACACCGCAGCCGUCCGUCCGUCCGUCCGUCCGUCCGUCCGGCGGGGAGCGCCGCCGGGAGCAGCCCAGCCCAGCCCAGCCCAGCCCGGCUCCGGCGGGAUGCGCUCGCCGCCGCCUUCAUGCCGGCAGGGGGGACGCUGAGCCGCCGCUCCGCCCGGCCCGGAGCCACCCACGUGCGGUCCCCGGUGAAGGCGGCCGGUGGUGCGGGCGGGCACCGCUGAGCCUUUGGCCGCAGGAGCCCGCGGCGCUCCCCGGGGCGGCGGCGGCGGCGGCGGGUCUCGCCCGGCGGCCGCGAUCCGGUGCCCCAUGGUGGUGCUGCGGAAGCUGCCGGGCAUGCCGGGCUGGCCGGCGGCGCUGGGGCUGCGGCUGCCGCAGAAGUUCCUGUUCCUGCUCUUCCUCUCGGGCCUGCUCACGCUCUGCUUCGGGGCCCUCUUCCUCCUGCCCGAUUCAUCCCGCUUCAAGCGCCUCUUCCUACCCCGCCGGGCCACCGCCUCCGCCUCCUCUUCAUCCUCCGCCUCCUCGUCCUCCGCCUCCUCCUCCUCCACCCGCGACACCGACCUGCCCCGCAGCCCCCCCGCCGCCGCCGAGCCCCGCCACGCCAGCCCCGCCGCCCCCCGCCGCCUGCGGGAGAAGCUCCGCACCGCCGCCCGCAUGGCCGGCCCGCCGGCCCGCACCGCGCCCGGCGCCCGCCAGCAGGUGCAGGGCGGCGAGGGGAGAGCCGAGCCCGCCACCGGCGCCACCCCUGCCCGGGAGACGCGGGCUCCGUUCCGCUUCGACUACGAGCGGUUCCGCCGGAGCCUCCGGCACCCGGUGCGGGGCGGGCGGCCCGGAGAGGACCCCGAGACCCGCGCCCGCAGGAUGAAGAUCAAAGAGAUGAUGAAAUUCGCUUGGGAUAACUACAAGCAAUAUGCACUUGGAAAAAACGAGCUGCGCCCGCUGACCAAGAACGGCCACAUCGGGAACAUGUUUGGAGGCCUUCGAGGAGCAACUGUGAUCGAUGCCUUAGAUACCCUCUACAUCAUGGAACUCGAGGAGGAAUUCCAAGAAGCCAAGAAGUGGGUGGAGAAGAGCUUUGACUUGAAUGUGAACGGAGAGGCGUCCUUGUUCGAGGUGAACAUCCGCUACAUCGGAGGGCUGCUGGCCACCUACUACUUGACUGGAGAAGAGGUGUUCAAGAGUAAAGCUCUGGAGCUUGGAGAGAAACUUUUGCCAGCUUUUAACACCCCCACUGGAAUCCCACGUGGCGUCAUAAAUCUGGGCAGUGGCAUGAGCUGGAGCUGGGGUUGGGCAUCAGCUGGAAGCAGCAUCUUGGCAGAAUUUGGCACCUUGCACUUAGAAUUCCUGCACCUCUCCGAGCUCUCUGGCAACCCGGUGUUUGCAGAAAAGGUGAUGAACAUCCGCAGAGUCCUCAACAGAGUGGAGAAGCCCCAGGGCCUUUAUCCCAACUUCCUCAGCCCGGUGACAGGGAACUGGGUGCAGCACCACGUCUCCAUUGGGGGGCUUGGGGACAGCUUUUAUGAAUAUCUCAUCAAAUCUUGGCUGAUGUCAGACAAGAAAGACUUGGAAGCUAAGAAGAUGUACGACGAUGCACUCGAGGCAAUAGAAAAGCAUUUGGUCAAAAAGUCUGCUGGAGGACUGACCUACAUCGCUGAAUGGAGGGGAGGCAUCUUGGACCACAAAAUGGGCCACUUGGCUUGUUUCUCCGGGGGCAUGAUUGCGCUUGGAGCUGAAGGGGCUGGGGAGGAGAGGAGGCAGAGACACAUGGACCUGGCUGCAGAAAUAACAAACACCUGUCACGAGUCCUACGCGCGCUCAGACACCAAACUGGGCCCCGAAGCCUUUCGCUUCGACGCCGGGAGUGAAGCCAUGGCCACCAGGCUGAGCGAGCGCUACUACAUCCUGCGGCCCGAGGUGGUGGAGAGCUACAUGUACCUGUGGAGGCUCACCCACGACCCCAAGUACAGGCAGUGGGGCUGGGAGGUGGUCAAGGCCCUGGAAAAACACUGUAGAGUAGAAGCUGGCUUUUCUGGCAUCAGAGAUGUUUACACCACAACCCCCACCCAUGACAACAUGCAACAGAGUUUUUUCCUCGCAGAGACUCUGAAGUACCUCUAUCUUCUGUUCUGUGAAGAUGACGUGCUGUCCCUGGACGACUGGGUGUUCAACACCGAGGCUCAUCCCCUGCCAGUCAACCACACGAACUUUAAAGCAGCUGUGCAGCAGUGAGGCCCUUGCCCAGCACCUGCUUCCGUGGGUCGCUGCUUUUCCUUUCCAUUAAAGGAAUUCCUGUUGUUCCUAAAA